UAAUGGGGAAGGAAAUACUUUCCACAUGUUUGGUAGACAAAAUAAAAAUAAAAAAUUGCCUAUUGAAAUUAAUAUAAAAUGUUUUUUCAUUUAUUUAUAUAGCACCUUUCAAACACCUUAAGGACACUUUAUAUAAGAUAAAUAACAGAUAGUAUACAACAUAUAAACAGCAGACGGAGGUGAAAUAAUAUGCAAUACAAAAGCAUUGAACAGAAAAUUUAGGCAAGCAAUUCAUUAAGAAACAUUGUAAAUGGGUGAGUUUUAAGAGCAGCUUUAAAGGUCUUGAGUGAAGAGAUAACCCCGAGAUCUUGUGGUAGUUUAUUCCAGAGUUUGGCAGCGGAAAUGCAAAAAAUCAUACCACCCACACUAGAUUGACGGAAUUUGGAUACUGCAAGCAAAUUUUCAGAGCUCGAUCUCAAAGUACGAGCAGGGAGAUAGGGGAUAAUUAUUUCAGAAAGUAACAGCAUGAAGGAAUUCAAUGGGUCUUCUGUGCAUCUGAAAAUAGACCUUCUUUUGAGCUGUUGGGGAAAACAUUUUGAAAUCUGAUGGAAUGGCAGACAUUCCUCAGUCAGGUAUCCCAGUAUUCACUUCAUGGAUCGCAGAGAUGUCAGAUGCUUUUUCCAAUGGCUUUCGCCGCCUCAGCCUAAACCGCGUUGUUGACUCUGAGGUGUCAGUGAAAGAUGAGAGUUCAGAGGUGGAGCAGAACUUGAUGGAUGUUCAUGGAUCUGGAGUUGAUCCACAGGAGAAGCUGGCGCUCCGAGAUCAGGGCAGUAGGUUUGAAUAUGCCCUCUCGGUCGAACGUCUGACUCCCAUCAGAGAAGAGACCGAUGAGCUGGAGAGCAGGAGAAGUCUGCUGGCUUCACGGUGCUCUGAUGCUGUGAAUAGUUCCGGUGAUGAUGGUGAGAUUUCCAGCUUAUCAAACAGCGAUGAGGAGUUAGCAAAGCAGUUUGAGAUCACUGUUUCCCGCUCACAAAGCUUCCGUUCGGGGGUUAUGGAGCUCCACACCCAGAAUGCACCAGGCCAACAUCAAAAAUUUAAACAGUUGGUGUCUGACCAGGAAGAAGGAAGCACAGAUCCAUCUGACUGUGAAGAAGCUGAGAGAAACAGUGUGCAGAGUUUUCAGGAUCCCCUCUCAUCUAGGCGACGUGUAGGGUCUGAGACGAGAGACCCGCUGUCACAGAGUCCUCUUUCUGAGGACCGGGCGCUUACUGACCCCCUCUCUCUGAUGGCAGAGCAGAUAUCUGUGGGCUCCCAGGACACAGGGGACAGUCUGGAAGCUCUACCCAGGGAUGAGCGCAGUCGUCUGGGCAGUGUGGGGCGGCAGACUCCACAAAGGAGUCUGGCAGUCGACAAUCAUGGUUACGACAACAGUGUGGCUACGGAUAGUACACCCACAUGGAGUCCUGAGCAUGAACAAUCUCCAUCCCACCCUCUGAGCACUUCUCCUCGUGGGCAUAUCUCAAAAUGUGGUGACCUCACACUUGCCCUCGACUACCGGGCUGAAUCCCACAGGCUCCUGGUCACAGUGAUAAUGGCCCAAGGCAUUCCAGACAAGGCACGGAGCGGCAUGGACUCCUGGCUGGUGCACGUGGUGCUGUUACCUGGGAAACGACAGCGGCACAAGACGGCCGUACAGAAAGGCUCCAUGCCCAGGUUUGAGGAGACAUUCCGGUUCUCACAUCUAGAACUGGGGGACCUGGGUUCCUCUGCACUCCGGUUCCGCCUGUAUGCACUGGGGAAGAUGAACAAGGAGAGGAUGAUGGGAGAGGCCAUGUACAGGCUGAGCAGACUGACUCAAAUAGGGCGCUUCCAGAUCACGCUGGUGCUGGAGCCACGUAGUAAUCUCAAGACAGGAGACUCCCCGGUGUCUUUGGGUGCUCAGAGUGACAGUGCUUCCUCCACUCAUUCUGUUUCUCACGGUGGAAACCCAGAACUACUGCUGGGUUUAUCAUAUAACGCCACCACAGGACGACUGUCUGUGGAGAUCAUUAAAGGCAGCCAUUUCCGUAACUUCACACUCAACAGACCUCCAGAUACAUUUGGCAAGCUCACUCUGUUAAACUCCGUGGGACAAGAGAUUUCCCGCUGUAAGACGUCCAUCCGUCGCAGUCAGCCGAAUCCUGUCUUCAAGGAGACGUUUGUCUUCCAGGUCGCGCUGUUCCAACUCUCAGAUGUCACAUUAAUGGUCUCCAUUUACAAUCGGCGGAACAUAAAACGCAAGGAGAUGAUUGGCUGGGUGGCUCUGGGCCAGAACAGCAGUGGUGAGGAAGAGCUUCUUCACUGGCAGGAUAUGAAGGAGAGUGGAAACCAGCAAGUCUGCCGCUGGCACACACUACUUGAAGCUUAGAGGAGAGAUAGAAGUCUAAUCAUUCAUAACUACUUCAUCCAGAUGGGGUUCUCCUUUGGGAAGGAGGUGAAAGCCAAGACCAAAAUGCCCACAAAAACAGAAAUGAACAAGCACUUUUAACAGUUUCAAAGAAAGAUAAUAAUGCAACUGUGAAAAUCUUUGAAGCACACACAAACACAAAGAAACACCCACACACCACUUUUCUUUCUCCCUGAGAGUACUUGAUAUAGUCUCUUAUCUGGUAACCCGGAAAUGACUUCAUGGCGUAAUAUACUGACUACUCUCUUCAACUCCAGCAGCAACCAAUCAAAACGUAUUAUUGCCAAAGCCACGGUGAUUGUCGCCUAGUGAUUUCAUGAAUGGAGGAUUGAUUUAAAAUGAUAAUGUCUUUCUUCAGACACCAGUAGCAGUUUUGGUGAGACCAAAUGUUAAACUGUUGAACACGUGCACUUUCAAUCAUGCUCUCUCACUGGUGAGAGUAAAGCUGUUUCUUUUUGUUACAUUUGACAUCUUUUUAUUUUAUUUUACGUCAAAAUAUGACUUUAUGACUUCAAAUAUGCCAUAUUUGACCUAAAAAAUAUAUUUCUGUCAUUAUUUACUCACCCUCAUAAUGUUCCAUUAUGAAUUGUUUUGAUUCUACUAAGGAAAACUAACGUUUUUAAACUCUUUUCAGAAAUUUCAUUGAUUGGGGACUGGUGCUGUUCAGGCUUAAAAAAUACUAAUUUUAUUCAUUGAAAAUCUAGACAUGCAGUUUUGUUCUACUGGGCAUGUUUACAAGUGAAUCUGAUUAGCGAAUGAAUCCUUUUACUCAAUUUAGUUCAAUGAUACAUUUAUCAACAAUGGUAUGAAUGAUUCAUUUGAAGAGAUUUAUCUGGUUCACAAAUUCAUUUGAAUCAGUUCCUCGAAGAUCUGAUCACAAAUGCUUAACAGACCACUGGAGAUUAUUAUUGCAUACAUUUCAGCCUGUUCCUCUCACAGAGCUAUUCUAUGGCUUGGAGUAUAGUGUCCAAGUCAAAUGUAUUAGUUUUUAUAAUGCUUGUGAAUCCAUCUUGAAGCUUAAAAGCUCCAGUUCCCUUUUUGUUUCAAAAUUCUUGGAAAGAGACCAAUCCUACAUACUAAAACUCAGAGCACAGACACUUAUGCAUGUUCAAGAAAAUCUUCAGACAAACUUAACUCUGUCCUUAUUACAUUAAAACCCAAACUAUUUUCUAAUGCAUGCCUGUAAUGCUUUAUGCAUAUAUAAAGUGCCUGAUCUGAUCAAACCUUUAUGGAGCUUUUAUUUAUAGCCUGUGUUAUUGGAUAUAAGCAUGAAAAACUCCGGAGCAUUACAAAUGCAUGGACCACGGUGUUUUAAAAAUCAGUAGUGCCUGUUUUGCAUGCAUUCAAAUACAAAGUGUUUUUUUGGAGAUAAAUGCAUAUAUUUUGGCUAUUAUUAAAGACAUCCCUAAUACACUACUUUUGUGCUUUGUUAUGAUUCGGAACAUCAAUAAAUCUUUAUUUUGUAACACUG